AGCGCAGUGUGAGGUGCUGACUACAUUCUCUGUCUCUCUCCCUCUUCUCUCAUUCUGUCGCUCCCCCACUUUGGCGCCUCAUACAUUCUCUCCCUCUCUUUCUCUCUCACACCCUGAUUCCUCCACACUGCUGCAGACAUGGCCGAGGCUUUCGUUGGCACAUGGAACCUCAAGGAAAGCGAGAAAUUUGACGAAUAUAUGAAGGAGCUGGGUGUUGGCUUUGCUACACGUAAGGUGGGCAACCUGACAAAGCCCACCACUAUUAUCUCAGUGGAUGGCGACAAGGUGACAGUGAAGACCCAGAGCACCAUUAAGAACACAGAGCUCAGCUUCAAGCUGGGCGAGGAGUUUGACGAGACCACCGCCGAUGACAGGAAGGUUAAGUCCAUUGUAACAGUAGAGGAUGGCAAGAUGGUGCACAUACAGAAGUGGGAUAACAAAGAGACCAGCCUGGUCAGGGAAGUCAGCGGAAAUGCCCUCACACUAACACUUACACUCGGACAAGUUGUUUGCACACGUCGCUACGAGAAGGCAGAGUAAAACCCAACACACAUCGUCUAACUGCAUCAUCUAACAGCCUGAACCACAACUCCCUAACACCACCUCAACCCAGGUCAAGCAGGCCGCCUGUAUGGCUUCUGCAGAUUCCCCACAUUGUCCCUUCAUACUGUAUGCUCAGUAUUAACAUUGCUGCUGUCUGUGAUCUCCAUUUUCUCCCUGUCCUUCACUUUAUACUGUUGUUCCUUCUACUGUAAGAAACACUGAAUAAAUUCCAAUGAUUUGUUGUUGUUUUUUCUCUCUAAAGUUCCAGGUCUGCAAUUUUUUUUUUUUUUUUUUAAAGAAAAAUGUUUUAUGCAUUGUGCCUGUGAUAAACCUGGAAAAGUGUUUUUGAAAUUUUAAGACCUGAAAAAUAAAAAUAAAUAUCUCCACACUG